AUGAAAAAUAACGAGAAUCUUUCAAGUUAUGCUGUAGAAAAAAGGAUUGGAGAAGGAGCCUUUGCUGUUGUGUAUAGAAUCUUUAUAUUAAAAUUAGUUUUUUAGCAACGGUUUAGGAGUCAGGGGAAAGAGUUGCAAUUAAAAAGGCACCUCUUGACAAGAAAUAUAAAAAUAGAGAGCUUGCCAACCUGAAGUUACUUGGAGAUCAUCCAAAUAUUAUAUCCCUCAGGGAUGCCUUUUAUGUAGUUGGUUAAAAGUAUAACGUAUUUAUUAUGAAUUAAGUGAAGAAGUUUAUAUAAAUUAUGUUAUGGAGUACAUUCCUGAGAAUUUAUCAGAUUACAUAAAGAAUUUGAAGAAAUAAAAGAAGCAAUUUACAUAAAUUCAAUUAUAAUGCAUAACUUAUUAAUUACUUAGAGGAUUGGCUUUUAUUCAUGGAAAAGGAA